AUGGGCAAGAAGCGUGUUCUCGUUAGCUACGGCGUUGACGUAGAUGCGGUCGCAGGAUGGUUGGGCUCAUAUGGAGGGGAGGAUUCCUCAAAUGAUAUCAGUAGGGGAUAUUUCGCCGGCACAAUCGGUGUCCAGCGAGUUCUCAAGUUCCUUGCGAAGUAUGACAUCAAGGCGACAUGGUUCAUUCCCGGCCACAGCCUCGAAACCUUCCCCGAGGACAUGGCCGCCGUCCGAGAUGCUGGCCACGAGAUCGGCCUCCAUGGCUACUCACACGAAAACCCAACCGACAUGACGAUCGAGCAACAGAGAGAGAUUCUCGAUAAAACAUAUCGCAUGUUGACCGAGUUUGCCGGCAAGCCCCCGAGAGGUAGUGUUGCACCGUGGUGGGAGACAAGCAAGGAGGGCGCGCAAUUGCUUCUCGACUACGGUAUCGAAUACGACCACAGCAUGAGCCAUCACGAUUGUCAGCCUUACUAUCUGAGGACUGGCGACUCAUGGACUAAGAUUGACUACAAGAAGAAGGCCGCUGAAUGGAUGAAACCCCUCGUUCGGGGCCAGGAGACUGGACUCGUCGAGAUUCCGGCAAACUGGUAUCUCGACGACCUUCCGCCGAUGAUGUUUAUCAAAGACGCACCCAACAGUCACGGCUUUGUAAACGCCAGAGAUGUGGAGGACAUCUGGCGGGACCACUUCGACUACUUCUAUCGGGAGUACGACGAGUUCAUCUUCCCAUUGACCAUCCACCCAGAUGUGUCUGGUCGACCCCACGUGCAACUCAUGCAUGAAAGGCUGAUUGAGCAUAUGAAGAAGCACGAGGGCGUCGAGUUCGUUACAAUGGCACAAAUCUGCGAUGAGUUUAAGUCCAAGACGGCCCCUGCCGAGGGUGCAGUGAUGCCCGCAGCACCUGGAGCGAUUUUGAAGCAAUCAUAA